AUGUCCACCACCCAAGCCCCAUUCUCACGUCGCCAGCCCUCCCUUCCGGGCCACUUCUUCUGCAAGAGAUGCCGUCGCUACUAUGAAGAGAAGGAUGGCAGCAAGGCCGUGCACCGGCGCACAUUCCAUCAGGCCACUCUUCGUGCAGCAUACCACUCGGAAGAGCAAUCCUACACCUUCGAACGAGGUGCCGACGGCCUCCUUUCGUGCGCUCGGUGUUCUUUCCAGCACCACGAUCCUCGGGCUCUAUGGCGUCAUGUUACUGGUGAAAGAGUGUGCCCGCAGACUUGGGGCUUGGAUCUCCAGCCAUCCUUAGCUCAAGAGCUCGACGCAAGUGCUUCAGAGUCUCUAGGCCAAACGGAUGUUAACGAUGAGGAGGUGGAACUGGAAGGUGUGCGGGUAGCAGAGGAAGUGGAGGCGGGGGUGGAUAAGGAGGUCGACUGCGGCUACGCCUAUCGCCAGCCUAUCCCAUCCCCGAUACUGUUGGCAGGCGAUGUGCCCGCUACUCCCGAAGUGACAAUGGCCUCGUCGGCUUCAUCAGGCGUGAGCCCUCUCCAUUCGCCCAAUCCAGCCGACCAUCCGCCCAUUCCAGUGGCUCCGGAGACUAUCCAACUCACCCAAUCACCAGCCAGCGUCCCUCCUGUCGAGGAGUCCUCGUCGGCACCCAUUCAGUCGCUCGAGGAUUGGCCUCAGUUUGAUCACACGCAGUACGACAUACCUCUUGGCCCAGAUACUGUAACUCACGACGACGAUGUUGACUUCGAGCGGUACAACAUCACCAUCAACAAAACCCUCAGACUCCUGGUCUGCAUCUCGUGUAGCAAGGCUAUAGGGCCCGCUCGUCUACGGCGUCAUAUCCUGGACAAGUGGCCGCACCUCGAGGUCCCUGACGACAUCGGCAAGAAGCUCCAGGACAAGUACGGCCUCGCGGGCGCAGACGACUGGUCUUUCCCUACAGCUCGAAUCCCGCCCGUUUACGGCCUGGCUGUUCUUCCCGAUCCCUACCUCUUCUGCAACCAGUGUCACCAUGGCUACUCGAGUCUUUCAUCGCUUGAGACGCAUCAUUACAAGCGCACCUGUGAACGUCCGCCGGGGCAUUUGCCGGGUUCUUUCAUUGGGUACGGACAGACAGCUGGUUUCGAUCCGCGGGUUGUCUUUCCCGUUGACGUUUCCCUCCUUGCACCGCGCGUUCGUCAACUCGGUUUUACGACUAAGCUCUUCGACGUUCUCCCAAGGCCCGACUACUCGCAUCUUCCCAUCUCCAAGCCAGUCAACUCUUGCAAUAUCGACCUCCUCUUCAAAAACGAGGACUUUUAUUCGCUUGUUGGGACCCUUACUCCGGAACAAGUCAAUCAGUCCGUCGAUUGCACCCCCCACACUGUCGAGGAUAAGCUCAUAUCGACGCACCUCGAUGUCGUAUCUCGCGCAUACUGCAAAUCCAUCCAGGCCGCCAUCACCAAAUCUCCUGCCGGACUUCGUAAACUCAUGGCGCAGCUCGGACCUGAAUCAUCUCGCGAGGAGCUGAGGCCACUCGAGGAUAACUCGCUGAAUCAAUACUCCGCCGUGAUCGCGAAUAUAAUCAACACGAUGCUCCGCGCUUACGCCAGCGACACACAGCCUCUGAAGUUCCCUCUCAACGAAGCACAGCGCCAUGCCCUGGCAGGCUUGCGCGUUCUUCUCAUGCGUGCCGAGCUUCCCGCCAACAACCUAGUCGACAUUUACUUCCAUCGAGCAUGCUUUGCUCUGUUUGCUGACGAGAAAUCGCACGGAGGACUCGACAACUGGGUACUCCCAGUUAACCGUUAUCUCGUGGCUCGAUGCAUGGGCAGGGAGACGUGGAUCAAGGCCAACGACAUCACACGCAUAUGCGCAAAGCUACAAUGGCUAAACCGGGGCGUCAUGUUGACGGAAAUGAAUCUUCGCAUGCCAGAGCGUCUCAUGUCAUCUGCGCAAGCUUAUCACGAGGUACAAAAGUAUCUGGUGGCCAACGGCGACACUCCAUGCUCCUUCAUCUACGAAGUUCACCACACGGUGAAGAAGAUUCGAGACGAGUACAACGACGCUGACCCCCACAACUUUGCCCCCGGAUUCUGUUUCCUCGACAUCCCCUCCAAUGGGUUUGAGGAUUGGGCCAAGCUGUACCCCCGCUGGCUUUUGUCACACCCCGACCUCGCUGAACGAUUCACGUACGUACUCAAUGGCGAACACCGGUGGAAACUCCUGGCGGUCCGGCAGCUGCUUGAAAGCUUCGAAGAGCUACGCCUUGUACUUGCAAUCCGCUGCAUUGUUUCAUGUGGGCCCUCCGUCCGUGCAGCCGAAUUCGCGCGUCAAUCCCUUCGCAACCUCCCUGGUGGCGCAGCACGCAAUGUCGUCCUGCUCUAUCGUACACUCUGUCUGUUGGCUGUGCUGGAGAAGACGAGCAUGCAGUUUUCUCGGAAACACUGCACCCCUCACUGCCCGGUCAAAUCCGUAUCGAAGGACAUCAUAUGGAAUCUAGCUGUAUUCCGCCCGUUCGAGCAGUUCCUCAUAUCACGCUUCAAGGGUCACGUCGACGCCGAACGAUACUACACUUCCAUGUGGCCUGGGAUCGACUGCGACUUCACCAGCCAGCUUAUCAGUACAACGCUUGGCCACUGGACCGAGCAGGUGUUGGGUGUCAGAUUGCAGAUCAUCGACUAUCGCAAGAUCGUCAGCACGUUCUGCCGAUACAUCGUCGACCCCUUCUUGUACAAGAAUAUCGAAGAUUCUCUUUUCGACGAGCUCCAGAAUCACACGACGGGCAUGAGCUACAUGCGGUACGGCGUCGAGAAGCAGACACUAACUGUCUGA